CUAAAUACUCCCUUCCACCUCCUCCCCUCCGUCCGCCUUCCCAACACCCGCUCCUCCCCAUUGUCAGAGUUCUAUUUAUUUUUACUUCUCCAGGAAAAAUUCCAACUCCCUUCCCAUCCCCCCCCCCCCACCCCUUUUGCCCUCCACCUGGUUUGCCCGGAAUCCCAGCCCGGCGGGACCUGUUUGGACACACAUGGAGAAGGAUCCUCACUCGGUGAGGCACAGAGCCUGUUUCUUCUUCUUCUUCUUCUUCCUCUUCCUAAGCUCUGCCAGCGCUUCCUGGAAGUCCUGAACCUCUGGCAGUGCAGUGAGUUCAUGCACCUUCUUGCCAAGCCCCAGCCUUCGGGAUCGCCAGUGCCGCUGGGGCUCCCUAACUCUUUCACACUCCGACCGGGAAUCUCCAGGCCAGGGCCCCCGCGGGUCCCUUCAUCCCUCUUCCCUCCUCCGCCCAUGAAGAUGCACUUGCAAAGGACUCUGGUGGUCCUCUCGCUGCUCAGCUUUGCCACUGUCAGCCUGUCUCUGUCCACUUGCACUACCUUGGACUUCGGGCACAUCAAGAAGAAGAGAGUGGAAGCAAUCAGGGGGCAGAUCUUGAGCAAGCUGAGGCUCACCAGUCCCCCCGAGGCAGCCGUCCUGGCCCAUGUGCCCUAUCAGAUCCUGGCCCUCUAUAACACCACCCGGGAGUUGCUGGAGGAGAUGCAGGAGGAGAAGGAGGAGAGCUGCGCUCAGGAAAACACCGAGUCGGAAUACUACGCCAAAGAAGUUCACAAAUUCGACAUGAUCCAGGGUCUCGCAGAGCACAAUGAGCUGGGCAUCUGUCCCAAAGGAAUCACCUCCAAGGUUUUCCGAUUCAACGUGUCCUCUGUGGAGAAAAAUGGCACCAACUUAUUCCGAGCAGAAUUCCGAGUCCUGCGGGUGCCUAAUCCCAGCUCCAAACGCAACGAGCAACGAAUUGAGCUCUUUCAGAUCCUUCGCCCCGAUGAACACAUCGCCAAGCAGCGCUACAUCAGCGGCAAGAACGUGGCCACCAGAGGCACGGCGGAGUGGCUGUCCUUUGACGUCACGGACACCGUGCGUGAGUGGCUUCUACACCGAGAAUCCAAUUUAGGACUGGAAAUCAGCAUUCACUGUCCAUGUCACAGCUUCCAGCCCAACGGAGACAUCCUGGAGAAUGUCCAUGAGGUGAUGGAGAUCAAAUUCAAAGGUGUCGAUAACGAGGAAGAGUAUGGCCGGGGAGAUUUGGGGCGCCUGAAGAAGCAGAAGGACCACCACAACCCUCAUCUGAUUCUGAUGAUGAUACCCUCACACCGACUUGACAGUCCAGGCCAAGGAAGUCUGAGAAAGAAACGGGCGCUCGAUACCAACUAUUGUUUCCGGAACUUGGAGGAAAACUGCUGCGUACGACCGCUCUACAUUGACUUCCGACAGGACUUGGGCUGGAAAUGGGUCCACGAGCCGAAGGGUUACUAUGCCAACUUCUGCUCAGGGCCCUGCCCAUAUCUCCGCAGCGCGGAUACGACUCAUAGCACGGUUCUGGGCCUGUACAACACGCUGAACCCCGAAGCAUCUGCUUCACCCUGCUGUGUGCCCCAGGACCUUGAGCCGUUGACCAUCCUGUACUAUGUUGGGAGGACCCCCAAGGUGGAGCAGCUCUCCAAUAUGGUAGUGAAAUCCUGUAAGUGCAGCUGAACUACGACCUGCCCCACCUGCAGCCAAGAGGAAGAGAGAGAAAGAGAGAGAGAGAAAGAGAGAGAGAAUGAGAGAGAAAGAGAUACCGCCACUGUCUUGACCACCCGCUCCGAGGGGAAACCAAGGGAACAGACGUCAGCAAGGGGUCGGAACACCCACACCCUUGGACAAUCUGCCGAGUUUGAGAUUCCCCUUAGAGACUUUCCUCGUUCUCACUAGGUCCGGGAAUCGCUUGGUGAAGAAUGGAGGGUUUAGGACAGACUCUCCGGAAUACUGGAUUUUCUGUUUCGGGACGAUGGGACGAGGGAUGAGUCAAGAGGCUGUGCUACUUUGGGGAGUAAAUUGGGCAGAGCGAAGGGGGUGCUGGAGUAGCCGAGAGAAGGAGACACUGGCAGACGGUUUUGAUCUCAGCUCACGUUGGCUCCGAAACUCGACUCGUCAAUCAUCUGGGAAUCUGGAGAGCAUGUCCGUGAAACCGAAUUUCCUCUCUGAAAGGUCAUCAAGGAGGGGAAACCCUCCCCCCCCCAGAAUUUUACCGCUGGCUACUACGGAUCUGGAAUCACAAACAAACCCACUACCUGUAAGGAAGGGCUCAACUGCAUCACUUAGCAUCCUAAGGGCCUACCAGGGGGACGCUACCUACCGAACCAAAUCCCUGAAUCAACAGCAAUACCACUCCACGUGGUGCUGCUCACCUUCAGAGCAAGGUGAAUAUCUCCCCCAGGGUGACCCACCCCCACCUCCUGUCUGCCCCCCGCCCCUCUCCUCAAUGACUCUGAUUCUUGCUCGCCCCCAUGCUCCCCCGGACUUCUUGUUUGACGCAGUCCAGGUCAGCCUGGCCCACUGGGUUUGAGAUCCGCUCCGACGUCCGAUGCCCCCUACGGCCCUCUGAUCCUGGAAGCAGGUACUGUGGCACGUUAGGUAUUUUGGCAAAUUACUUCUUUCUAUCGUUCAUUGACUUGGCCCCAAACUCAUGGGUUGAGGUGUUUUUUUUUUUGUUUUUAAAUAUUACUCUCAAAAACUUUGUAUAAAUAAAUAAAUAUUUUUUGGGGAACUUCAAUCAUUUCCUCUUCCAGAA